CUUCGUGGUGUGUUCCACCAGUGUGUGAUUGCAGGUCAAAUUGCAGCAGUCGCCGUACUCGGCGAUUCCUCUCUCUGUGGCCCGGUGCCGUCGCCGACGAUCGCUUUGCGCGGAAGCUCAGAAUAGGGAUUGGGGAUGGGCAGAACAGAAUAGUCCUCGCGACCUAGAGGCUGUAAUUGUAAUUUGUAACUGUAGAAAGAGAGGAAGGGCGAAAUAUUUUCGCGUGCUCCUCAACAGAAGUCAUCAAAACCCUCGCUCGAUGAUUCUGUCUUCUUCCUGAUCGCUCACCAUCUCCAUCGAAUUCCAAAGCUUCAGCCGCAGUCGUUCCAUCUCUGUUGACAUGGAAGACGAUGACGAGUUCGGAGAUCUUUACACCGACGUCCUACGACCUCUCACGGCUUCUUUUGAAUCUGAACAGCCACCACCGGAUGCGCAGCACAUGGGAGGAGUGGGAGAACUCGAAGCUGAAGGCUCCAAAGCUACCCAGUCUCUGCAGAACAUUCAAACAGAUCCUAAAGCCGUGGAAGAAGAAGAAGAAGAUGUCAGCCGGAUCAAUUUUGGAGAGCAGGAAUCAAAUUUCUCUCAUAAUUUGUGCACUGGGCCAUGUUUGAAAGUUGAAAAUAGUACUGCAGCCUCUCAAGAGGAAGAUAGACAGCCCAGUCCAAGAGUCCCCGUUUUCAAUUUGAAUUUGAAUCAAGAAAUCGAAGAACCGAAGGGUUUGGUUGGGACUGGUAUUGAUUUAAACACAUUGGAUUCAGGCGGAAAGGCUUUUGAGAAGAGUGAUGCAGAAUCCAGUGAUAAGAUAUUUGGGGACUCAAAAUUUGAGGAGGAAGCUGACAUUGAUGUGGUCGUGGAAGAGAGGGAUGAUAACAAUGAUGACUUGAUGAAGAAAGAUGAAAAUAUUGAUAGCUCAAUCAGUAGGAAUGAAAACGGUGGGAGCUUUGCAAUGCAACCUGGUGACUCUAAGCCAAUGAUUCCUGGUGUGUCAAUUACAGAUGUUUCAGGAGCCACAGAGAUUGGUAGAGAUGGGGCUUUGCCGGACGAAUGGGAUAGUGAUAGCGAUGAAGAUGAUUUGCACAUUGUGUUGAACGAAAACAAUCAUGGACCCAUAGGAAUGGACAUAAUCGGUGGAAUGGGAGGUGAUGGCGAUGAAGAUGAUGAUGAUGAUGGGGAACCCUUGGUCAUUUUAGCUGGCACUGAUGAUAUCAAUCAUCAACCAAUGGUUGAGGAGCAAGAGUGGGGCGAAGAGCUGGGUUCUUCUGCUGAAGGGGAGAAGAAGGAUGAUGCAGCCAAAGUCAAUGUAGGGUCAGGACUUGUUCCAAAGAUUGGGUACAGCAAUCAUGGGUACCAUCAUCCUUUCCAUUCACAGUUUAAGUAUGUGAGACCUGGUGCAGCACCAAUUCCCGGAGCUCCUCCAGUUGGUCCGGGAGCAACACCAAGUCAAGCUCAUCCACCAGUUAAUUCAAGCCUUGUUGCUGGACGGGGAAGAGGAGAGUGGCGAUCAAUUGGGAUUAAAGGCCCGUUAACAAUGCAGAAAGGUUUUCCAGGGUAUCCUAUGCCUGCUUGGGGAAGCAAUUCAGUAGGGCGGGGAAUCGGAUUGGACUUCACCCUUCCUUCACACAAGACUGUAUUUGAGGUUGAUAUUGAUGGUUUUGAUGAAAAACCUUGGAGACUUCCAGGCAUUGAUAUGUCUGAUUUUUUCAACUUUGGCUUGAAUGAAGAAAGCUGGAAAGAUUACUGUAAACAGCUGGAACAGCUGCGGCUUGAGUCAACUAUGCAAGGAAAAAUACGAGUAUAUGAAAGUGGGAGGACAGAACAGGAGUAUGAUCCAGAUCUUCCUCCAGAGCUCGCAGCGGCAUCUGUCAUUCAAGAUGUUUCAACUGAAAAUGCGAGCCCCGAGAAGACUGAACCUGGUCAAAAUGACUUAGCAAGAGAAACUACACGUAACAGGCCGCUGCUACCUAUUGGAAGACCAAUACAAGUAGAAACUGGCUCUGGUGAACGCCUUCCAUCAAUGGAUACACGACCACCAAGGCUCCGUGAUUCUGAUGCUAUCAUAGAGAUAGUUUGUCAAGACAGCGCUGAUGAAGAAAAUAAUUUGGAGCAACCAAGAAAUCAACCAUCAAGGGAUGAUAUAAGGGGUGCUAAUGAAAUUAAAGGUUUCCAGCAGGAUGAUAUUCGUAACGUGGACAGUUUUCAGCAUGCUUAUAAUGGUUGGAAGAGAGAUUUCUCUUUUAGAAGAGCAGAUUUUAAUCCUGGACCUCAUGACAUGAGUCAAGGCGAUCGAAUUACAAUUCUUCCUUCUGAAGAACCAGAUUCCAAGGGGCAGUCUUCUGUAUACCCUGUCAGGAAGCAUACUAUUACACAUGACAUGAACUGGGAAAAGGGAAGAGCACGUCACAAAUCAUCUGAUAUUGGUGCCAGUAGAAGUCCAAAGGAUAAACAGGCAUCUCAUGAUAAUCAGAGAGAAGAGUCAUUAAGUGUCAGCAAUGGAGGAAGCCCUCUUUCAUCUCCAGCUUCAAAUAGAUCUGUGCAGGAGGGGGCUGCUGAAAAUAACAAUAAUCUUCAUCAUGAGUUAGCCCCAGCACAGGGAAAUGCUGGAGUGAAGAGGGGAAAAAUGGCUGUGGAUGAUAUAACCAAUAGUAGCAGGAUGAAGGAUGUCAGUCAAAUAAGUUCUGCUAAGCACCAUAAGCUCAGCACACGACUUGAGGAGCCAUCUCCUCAAGAAACUGAAGGAAGAGAAGAUUCAAAGGCUAGCGAAAACAGCAAAACAAGGUCUGGAAGCAGCAAAGAGCAUCGUAUAUUACACGAAGGUCUUGAGGAAGAAGUUCAUAAUGAACGUUUUACACAUCCUGAUAAUAUCAGGCAAACACGUGGAGAAGAUGAUAGAUUACGAAGAAAAGGCCACGAUGAGAAAGAAACAGGGAAACACCGGAUGGUAGUGAAAGCGAGGGACGAUUCUUAUCCACGUAAAGGAUAUGACUCUAGCUCAAGCCAUCAUUUACACACUAAAACUUCUGUUGUAGACUGGCGUAAAGAACGUGAUCACUCUGGCGUGGCUUGGCAUCACAAGGAUGAUGAUUUGCAUGGAAGGAGGUCUAAAGUGGAUGACUCCCGAAAGCGAGAUCAUAGUGAUGAGCAUGAAUCCAAACACCGGAACAAGACUCGUGACAUUGAUAGAAGUGAAAGAGAAGAACGCCAUUCAUUAAGGAAGCAAUUGGACAAUGGAAACCUGAGGUCUGAUCACGAAAAAGAUGCAGGAUUCCGCCACAGAGAAAGGGAUGAUUUGAAGAACCGAUUUGAUAACAUAGACGACCGUCACAGUAAAAGAAGGAAGGAAGAUACAAAAUCAAGCAGGGAACGUAUGGAUAGGGAAGAAACAAUGCAUGCCCGUGGAGAUGAAACUCUCCGCCGUAAGAGGGAGAGAGAUGACGUUUCAGAUCAAAGGAAGCGAGAUGAGCAAAGAUUAAGAGAUGAAGUCAGGCACAAAGAAGAGGCAUUGUUUCAAGGUGAACGAGGUGAGAGACACAGGGAUCGCGGCGAAUGGUAUAGGCAUAAACAAUCCCAUGAUGAAAUUACAUCAAAGAGAGAAAGAGAUGAAGUGCAUGGUGGGUUGCGGGUGGGCCGAGUUGCUGAUGAGAAAUCACGGGUUGGCUCACAGGGAAAACAUGAGUACAAAGGUUCUGACAGAGAAUACCACUCAAAGGAGAUAGGGAGGCAUGUUGAGCAUCUCAAACGAAGGGAGCACGAUGAAAACAAAAGUCCUUCACGACAUAGGAGCCGUGAAGAUGUAUAUGGACGGGGGAACCAACCUAAUAAUGAUGAUCGGAGAGCUAGGAAUGAAAGGGUAAGCACCCGUCAAGAUCACUCUGCCUACGAAUCUGAUAGUUCGAAAGUUCAUGAAAAGAAACGUAGAGAGAAUUCAACGAAGGAUAGAGUAUCUGAAGCUGGUGAUCAGGCCUCUAUGCUUCCUUCAAGGGCGAAUGAAGAUGAUCGCAGUGGACAUGCAAGUGAGACGGGGAGCUUGAAACGAAAAAUUGAGAAAGCUAGUGAUGAGAAUGAGAUCCACAUGAGUCGUCAAUCUUCCAAGAGGCACAGUGAAGAUGCUUGGUCUGACGAUGAGAUGCCUGAUUCAAAGAGAGGGCGUUCCAAAUUGGAACGAUGGACGAGCUACAAGGAAAGAGACUUGAGCAGUGUCAACACCGGAAACUCACCAUCUUCUUCCUUAACCAUAAAGGAGAAUGAUGUCAUCACGGGACCCAAUGCUCAACAUGAUAAUGAACCUUCAAAGAAGGCAGAUGACAGUGAACAACAGAAUGAAAACAGUAACAGUGCUCGGGAGACUAUUAGUUCAGCUGAUGUUAAACGAGUGGAGGAUAAACACUUGGAGACGGUUGAGAAGUUGAAGAAGAGAAGCGAGCGUUUCAAGCUUCCCAUGCCCGGAGGAGAUAAAGAUGUGACGACGGUCAAGAAGAUGGAAAAUGAAAAUUUUGCUUCUGCUGGGCAAGUGGAGACGCGUCCAGAUUCCGAGGUCAAGGCUGAACGCCCCCCACGGAGGAGGAGGUGGACUAGUGGCUAAAAGAGUCUCAGACAAAUUUGAAUUUACUGUUCAAUUGGGAUUCUCCUAUUGUCCCCAUGUUAUUGAGGAGACCCCCCCACCCCCCCUCCCUCCCUUCCCUUUUGCGCCAUUUUUAUAUCCCAUGUUAUUGAGGAGCUUUUUCCAGAUGCUGUUUCCUGGUUUAUAACCAGCCAGCCAGCCAGCCAUGUAUGAUUCUUUUUAUUUUUAAGUUUACCUUGUUUUAAAAACUAUUCACACACAUAUAUAUAAGAAAAAUGUAUCAAUAGAACUGCCUGGUAACAAGGCUUACAGAAUUUGAACUCUUUUUAGGUUGUUACUUGGACAUGAAUGUAUACCAUAACACCAAGUAGAUAUUUUGCUUCAAUU